GCCAACCUGUGAGUCGCACAGUAUUUACGUCACGGAUGCGCGACGUCACUCCCGCGACGCACGUUGUUCGUUUGUUUUCUGGGAGCUAGCUGUUAGCUGUUCGCAGUUAACACUGAAAUAAACAGACGUGCGGAUGGCGAAUGGAUGCAAUGAAGUGCUGUUCACGCGUGGAACCGGACAGAGUGACGAUUCGGAUAUUUGGGACGACACUGCUUUGAUUAAAGCUUAUGACAAGGCAGUAGCUUCAUUCAAGACUGCCCUGAAAGGUGAAGAGGAACCACAAACCUUCAAGAAAAACCAGCCUGGGAAAAAACGCAAAAACAUCAAGAAGAACCAGACCAGAAAAAACCCCAAUGCAGCUUCAAAUAAAGAGUGGCAGGUUGGGGACACGUGUUGUGCGUACUGGUCGGAGGACGGCCAGCUUUAUCCAGCCACCAUUUCCUCCAUAAACGAGGCAAGGGGCACUUGCGUCGUAGUUUAUACAGACUAUGGCAACGAGGAGGAACAGAACCUCGAAGAUCUGCUGUCGGGCAUUUCUGAGGGAGACGAAGAAUCUAAGACAAAAGAGGUAGAAUCAUCCACCGAAGAGAGUGACAGAUCAACAACACCAAACCAACACAAACAACCAACACACAGCAAAGCCCAGAAGUCCAAAGCCCACAAAGAGCCUCCUCCUAUGUGGGGUCCCGGGUUCCCUGGGUUUCCUCCUGGCCCUCCACCCAUGCACGCUUUCAGACAGGGAGGCAGCAGGAGAUCUGAUGGUCAUGGGCCUGUUCCUCCCCCCUGGCCCCCAAUGAUGCCCUUUGGGCCCCCGAUGAUCCCUCCUCCUCCACCAAUGAGCCCUGACCUGGUGGACGACGAAGCCCUGGGGAGCGUGCUCAUAUCCUGGUACAUGAGUGGAUAUCACACAGGAUACUAUCUGGGGUUGAAACAAGGGCGUAAAGAAGCUGCCAACUGGAGCAAGCUGCACCACAAAUGAAAGGUUUAGUUUAGUAACUCCAGCCUCACGUGAAGCAGAACCCGUUUUUCCUUUGUUUAGCCGUCUUUCUAAAGGAACUUUUGACCUAGAGGAAGAGAUUUUUUUUGUAUUCUUUGUAAAUAUAUCAAAUAAAGCCUAUCACUGCAGAGUG